CUCGACCCAGGCUUUGCUACACGUCUAAAUUUCCUCUUUUAGAAACUGUGAGGGAGGGGUCGGACGGAGUGAACUCGGAGACUCCUGGAAGCGACUUGGCAGAGGGAUUUAGGGGAAAGUGUGCCGUGUUCCCCGGCGCCGCCCCCACCGCGGCGGGUGAAUCCCCUAGCGGUCCGCGCCGAGCAGGCGGCGAUCCUGGCGGCCGUCGGGGGCCUGCAGCUUCCUGGAAAGUUACUUCUGGUUGGAGCCUACGAUAGGCAGAGCGUGUUCUGUGAAAUCCUCAGAGUUGAGAUCGACUACGUUCCGGGAAUGAGAGGGCUGUGCCAUUCCCUUCACUGCCCCCUGCCUUGACGGCGUAACAGGAAAAAAAAAAAUCAGACACACAAUGCUAGCUACAGAAGUGCACCAAAACUUUUAUUUGAAUAUAACUAAAUUAAGGGCCACUUCAGACACCACACCUCGCCUCCUCCGCGCCUGUGGGGGCUUCCAGGCGGAUGGGCAGCCGCGGCCGCGGGUCUCGCGGGGGUGGGCGGUCCCUGGAAGACAGGUUUUAAGCAAAAUUCUGGACUGUGAAGCAAGGCAGUGGGCGAAGACAAAAUGGCCUCACCGGCUGACAGCUGUAUCCAGUUCACCCGCCAUGCCAGUGACGUUCUUCUCAACCUGAAUCGCCUCCGGAGCCGUGACAUCUUGACUGAUGUCGUCAUUGUGGUGAGCCGGGAGCAGUUCAGAGCUCACAAGACAGUCCUCAUGGCCUGCAGUGGCCUGUUCUACAGCAUCUUCACUGAUCAGUUGAAAUGUAACCUCAGUGUGAUCAACUUGGAUCCUGAGAUCAACCCUGAGGGCUUCUGCAUCCUCUUGGACUUCAUGUACACAUCUCGGCUCAACCUGCGGGAAGGCAACAUCAUGGCUGUAAUGGCCACGGCUAUGUAUCUGCAGAUGGAGCAUGUUGUGGACACUUGCCGGAAAUUCAUCAAGGCCAGUGAAGCAGAAAUGGUGCCUGCCCUCAAGCCUCCUCGUGACGAGUUCCUCAACAGCCGCAUGCUCAUGCCACAAGACCUCAUGGCCUACCGGGGCCGGGAGGUGGUGGAGAACAACCUGCCGCUGAGGAACGCCCCUGGCUGUGAGAGCCGAGGCUUUGCUCCCAGCCUUUACGGCAGCCUGUCCACACCCCCAGCCUCCUAUCCCAUGUACAGCCACCUGCCUGUCAGUAGCUUUCUCUUCUCUGAUGAGGAGCUCCGGGAUGCUCGGAUGCCCAUGGCCAACCCCUUUCCUAAGGAGCGGACGCUCCCCUGCGACAGUGCCAGGCCCAUGCCUGCAGAGUACAGCCGGCCGGCCUUGGAGGUGUCUCCUGGCAUGUGCCACAACAGCAUCUAUUCACCCAAGGAGGCAGUGCCAGAGGAGGCCCGGAGUGACAUGCACUACAGUGUGGCUGAGGGUCCCAAGCCAGCUGCUCCCUCGGCCCGGAAUGUCCCCUACUUCCCCUGUGACAAAGCUGGCAAAGAAGAAGAGAGGCCAUCCUCAGAGGAUGAGAUUGCACUGCACUUCGAGCCCCCUAAUGCACCCUUGAACCGGAAGGGACUGGUCAGUCCACAGAGCCCCCAGAAAUCUGACUGCCAGCCCAACUCACCCACAGAGUCCUGCAGCAGCAAGAAUGCCUGCAUCCUGCAGGCCUCGGGCUCCCCUCCAGCCAAGAGCCCCACUGACCCCAAAGCCUGCAACUGGAAGAAAUACAAGUUCAUUGUGCUCAAUAACCUCAACCAGAAUGCCAAGCCGGAAGGGCCAGAGCAGGCUGAGCUGGGCCGCCUGUCUCCAAGAGCCUACGCGGCCCCAGCUGCCUGCCAGGCACCCAUGGAACCUGAAAACAUUGACCUUCAGUCGCCAACCAAGCUCAGUGCCGCUGGGGAGGACUCCACCAUCCCACAAGCCAGCCGGCUCAACACCAUCGUGAACAGGUCUCUGACUGGCUCACCCCGUAGCAGCAAUGAGAGCCACUCGCCUCUCUACAUGCACCCCCCCAAGUGCACCUCCUGUGGCUCUCAGUCUCCGCAGCACGCGGAGAUGUGCCUCCAUUCAGCUGGCCCCACCUUCCCUGAGGAGAUGGGCGAGACCCACUCUGAGUACUCCGACUCCAGCUGUGAGAACGGGACCUUCUUCUGCAAUGAGUGUGACUGUCGCUUCUCUGAGGAGGCUUCCCUCAAGCGGCACACACUGCAAACCCACAGCGACAAACCCUACAAGUGUGACCGCUGCCAGGCUUCCUUUCGUUACAAGGGCAACCUCGCCAGCCACAAGACCGUCCACACAGGUGAGAAACCCUAUCGUUGCAACAUCUGCGGAGCUCAGUUCAACCGGCCGGCCAACCUGAAAACCCAUACUCGAAUUCACUCUGGGGAGAAGCCCUACAAAUGCGAAACUUGUGGAGCCCGAUUUGUGCAGGUGGCCCACCUGCGUGCCCAUGUGCUUAUCCACACUGGUGAGAAGCCCUACCCCUGUGAAAUUUGUGGCACCCGCUUCCGGCACCUUCAGACUCUGAAGAGCCACCUGCGAAUCCAUACAGGAGAGAAACCCUACCAUUGCGAGAAGUGUAACCUGCAUUUCCGUCACAAAAGCCAGCUGCGACUUCAUUUGCGCCAGAAGCAUGGCGCCAUCACCAACACCAAGGUACAAUACCGCGUGUCAGCCACCGAGCUGCCUCCGGAACUGCCCAAAGCCUGCUAAAGCAUGGAGUGCCGCGCUUCCGUCUCCAGCCCCUGCGCAGAACCUGCCCAAAGGAUACUGUAACACUUUCCGCGAUGUCACCCCAUGAUGUAGUGCCUCUUUUCAUCCACUAGCGCAAAUCAUAGCUGCGGGUGGGGGUGGGGGGCGGGGCCAGGGGCCGGGAGCCGGGCGGCUCCCCAACCCCACUGCCAUACCACAUUAUGACAAUAAUAUUGCUUCUGCUCCCAUGUGUAAGGCAAGCCACGUCAGCACAGAGCAAACUCAUUUUCUAGAGCAGAGCGGGGGAGUAUGCGAAGUUCUGACUUGACUUGGUCUAUAAAAUGAGGAAUGUGUAUGUUUUGUGGGAACAGAUGUUUCUUUUGUAUGGAAAUGUGCAUUCUUUUCAAAGACAAGACUUCAGUAUGUUAUCAGAGAGGGCUUUAAUUUUUUUAACCAAAGGUGAAGGAAUAUAUGGCAGAGUUGUAAAUAUAUAAAUAUAUAUAUAUAAUAAAUAUAUAUAAACCUAAAAAAGAUAUAUUAAAAAUAUAAAACUGCGUUAAAGGCUCGAUUUUGUAUCUGCAGGCAGACACGGAUCUGAGAAUCUUUAUUGAGAAAGAGCACUUAAGAGAAUAUUUUAAGUAUUGCAUCUGUAUAAGUAAGAAAAUAUUUUGUCUAAAAUGCCUCAGUGUAUUUGUAUUUUUUUGCAAGUGAAGGUUUACAAUUUACAAAGUGUGUAUUAAAAAAACAUAAAAAAAGCUGCAGAAGGAAAACUGUGUAAUUUUGUUCUAGUUUUCAGUUUGUACAUACCUGUACCACAUGUCCUCCUGGUGCCUUUUUUCACAGAAGUUUUUCAGUGAUGGGCGAGUGUGCACCGUCCCUUUUGGAAGUGUAGGCAGACACAGGGACUUGAAGUUGUCACUAACAAAACUCUCUUUGGGAAUGUUUGUCUCAUCCCAUUCUGCGUCAUGCUUGUGUUAUAACUACUCCGGAGACAGGGUUUGGCUGUGUCUAAACUGCAUUACUGCGUUGUAAAAUAUAGCUGUACAAAUAUAAGAAUAAAAUGCAGAAAAGUCAA